AUGGAAGGGCGCAGGGGUUGGUUCCUUCCUUCCUCUGCCUUCCUGGCUCUUGCAUCUUCCCUUUCUCGGCUGAUUUCUCUCCAGGUCAUUCCAGGCCACGAGACGCAGAUCCCGGAGGCGUUGUGCUGGGCGGGAGGAGACCGGCUCUUCGGUGCCGGCCUAAGCGGGGACAUUGUGGAGUAUGACCUAGAGAAGCUGCGGGUCAAGUAUGCGCUGGAUGCCUUUGGAGGGCCCAUCUGGAGCAUGGUGCCUGACCCGACUGGGACCCAGUUGGCGGUGGGUUGUGAAGAUGGAUCCAUCAAGCUCUUCCUUGUCUUGCCCGAUCGAAUCCAGUUUGAGAGGCAGUUCGACCGACAAAAAGAGCGCAUCAUGUCUCUUUCCUGGCACCCAUCUGGGUCCAAGGUUGCGGCUGGUUCCAUUGAUUUGCUCCGCAUCUUUGAUGUGAAAUCGGGCCACGCCAUCCAGCGGAUCAAGGUCGAACGGCGCUUGCAGGGCCCCCGCAGCCAGAAGUGUGUGGUGUGGGACCUGGUGUACCUUUCGGACGGCACCAUCGUCAGUGCGGACUCCGCGGGGAAGGUGCAGUUCUGGGACUCCGAGAUGGGGACGCUGCUGUCGAAGCACCCGGUCAGCAAGGCUGCUGCGCUGUCCAUCGCGGUGUCCGAGGCAGAAGACAGCCUUGUGGUGGGCACCUCAGAGGGGAUGGUGUACCAGUUCCAACGGCUGCCAGUUAAACUGGGCAGCGCUGAGCACCAGUGGGUGCGGACCAGACCCUUUCAGUUCCACACGCAUGAUGUCCGGACAGUAUUACACACUGCAACGGCAUUCAUCUCUGGAGGCCUGGAUGGCCAGCUCGUGAUCCGGCCACUGAUGGACAAGGUGGAAUCCAAGACGUACGAAUCUGCUCUCCGGAAGAUUACCUUUCCUCAUAGAUGCUUGGUCUCUUGUGCUCGGAAAGCCCGCCUCCUCCUCUUCCAGUACCCUCAGCACCUGGAACUUUGGCGACUCGGGGCCACCGAUGCCACAGGAGAAUCUGGUGAAGUCCUGCCUCUGUCCAGCCCCCCAGAACACCUGCUGCAGCUCAAAGCAAAGGGCCCCGAGCACAUCAGCAGCAGUGGUGUCUCCCCCUGUGGCAGCUGGAUCGCCUACUCCACAGCUUCCAGGUUCUGCCUGCACCGCCUCCAGUUCAACGGGGACCAGAUUGCCCUCAAAAGGGUUCCAAAUACUCCCAAGCUGCUCCGCUCCGCUCACCAUCUCCUUUAUUCCACGGACUCCACCAAGCUCUUUGUGGCUUCAGACUGUGGCUCUGUGCAUGUUCUUAAACUUUUACCGUCGGGGACUUGCAAACACCUGCACACACUGCGUCCAAAUUCAGAGACGAGAGACGCCGUAUACCUGUUGGCGGUGAGCGCCGACGGUGAGUGGUUGGCCGCGGCUAGCGGAGAUCGGGAGAUCAACGUUUACAACUUGAAGGACGCCAAGUUCCAUUGCACGCUGCCUGCCUACGACUGCCCUGUGACUGCCCUGGCCAUUCACCCGGGGACCAACGACCUGGUCGUCGCCCACUCGGACCAGCAGGUGUUUGAGUUCAGCAUCACAGAGAAGGAAUACACAGCCUGGAGCCGGAAGCUCCAGCAGCUUGGCCUGCACAAGGACUGGCUUCAGCGGGACACGCCCAUCACCCACAUCACCUUCCACCCCAAGAAGGCCUCCUACCUCCUCCUCCACGACACCCACAUGUUCUGCAUCGUCGACAAGUCCUUGCCACUGCCAGAGGACACUGCUAUCCUGCACAACCAGAUCUCCCUGGCCCAGAUGUCUAAAGCCGCCCGGCGCACCUAUGGCCACGCCUUUAAGAUCUGCAAGAAGUACCAGCCUCUGCUUUUCGUGGACCUCUUGGACGAGAACUCCUUGGUGGUGGUGGAGCGCUCCGUGGCGGACAUCAAAGCCCAGCUGCCCCCUCCUGUCUAUCAGAAGAAAUUCGGGACGUAGCCGAGAAGAUGCUUUCCUCAACCCUUGGCUGUUCGGUGUAAACAGGGACCCUGCAGAAGAACUAUGAGGUUUCGGGUUUUUAAACCAUCCCCUCCCCACCGGGGUGUCGCUGGGGUUCUGGCAGGCUGAAGGCCUCCACCGCUCCUCCAGAGCGGGCACGGGAGAGGCGAGCCCACCUCAGCCAUUCCUGGGAACCUGGCCAGCUCCCACGGCCAGCCCGCUUCGAGCGAUCUUCCUCCUCCUCGGUGCCCUUGAGCGUGGGUCUCUCCCUCCCUGGCGUUUAUCAGUCUGGGGGAGGUUCAUGUUGACCUUGAGCUCUUGGCUGGAAUGAUUAUCCCACCGCUGAGGUGCUGGCGGCUAAAGACUCAAAUCCUGAGCAAGAGGCCCCCAUCUAGGGAAGAGACCAGCAGGAAGGAAAGGUUAUCUGUCUUUGGACAGAUUUCUUUCUUUCCUAAGAAAUCAUAAUAAAGUAGCCAGCGUCUGUUA